CGACUGGCGUUCGACAUUUGCUCUUCUUCUUUUUGGUUUUUGUAUGUAAUGGUAUUGGGAGUAAAGCAUCUACGGCGGCGUUGAAUGGGACCUCGAUUUGGUAAUUUCACUUUCCGAAUCGAUUGAUGGAGGAUUGUACAGGAACAUGUUUUUUAUUUUUUUUUAUUUUUGAUUAUCUCUUUAUUGUAUUUCUGCAUGUCUUUUUGUUAUCAUUUAGAUGGGCGUUUUGGAUUCAGAGGCUGUCGAGUAUUCUGGCCUUUGACUGUUUUUCUCUUCUGUCUUGUCAUCCUGUCUUUGGGGCUGUUCGGAGUUGGCUCAGUUGUUACCAUGAUCAUCAGGCAACAACAAACGACAGAAGAACAGCAACAACGACGACAAGGGGUGCCGAGGCAGGCGAUGCAAUCCCGGGCAGCAUUGCUGCGGAUGACUGGGUUCAUCGUGUAUGUACUAGUAGGAUUAUUGGAUGACUUGUUGGUUGGGAGUCAUGAUUGAUAAUGCUCGUGUUUUCUUCCCAAAGCAGGGCAGCAGGGGAUGACAGUAACGAU